AUGGUUGAAGUGAAGAGAACUGUCAGAGUGACGACUACACAGCAGAUCCUCAAGGAUAUUCCUCCCGUGCAGGAAGGGUUCCCUAUGAGAGAGUGGGCCAUCCAGAUCUCGCUCGUGGACGACAAGGGCGUGGAACAGCCGGCGACCUUGUUCGAGAAGGUGACUUACCAUCUGCAUCCCACGUUUGCGAAUCCGGUGCGUUCGUUCAAAAAACCGCCUUUCAGGAUCGAGGAGCAGGGAUGGGGCGGGUUUGACAUCCCCAUCACGCUGACUGUGAUGGAGAAAGGCGGCGAGAAGAAGAUCAACCACGACCUCAAUUUCAUGAAGGAGAAGUACGUUAUCGACACGCCAAUCACGAUCAACACCAACAAGCCUGCGCUGCUGAGCGAGCUGGCCAAGACGGGGUAUGUUCCGAGCGCGAACGAGGCGUCUGCGACGCCGGGGGCUGCGACUCCGGGCGCGACCCCUGCUCCAGGCCAGGCUGCGGGCGCCGCGGCAGCAGCGAAAAGAAAGGCCGGCACGGUUUCGGACUCGAGGACGACGAAAAAACUGAAGGGCGCGGCCACCAAGGGCGGCGUCGAUCUUGAGCAGCUGGCAGAGUACCUCACAAAGCUGUCCGAGGACGAUCUUCUCGGCGUCGUGCAGAUGAUCAACGAUAAUAAGACGCCCGAGAUGAGCGUCAAGAACGACGUGGAGAACGGCGAGUUCACCAUGGAUCUGUUCACGCUGCCAGACACUUUGCUCAAGAGUUUGUGGGACUACGUCAAGAAGCGGGCCGAGUAG